AUGGCCAACCAGAAGAAUGUCGUCGUUGUCGGAGCAGGCGUCAUCGGCCUCUCCACAGCCCUCGUGCUCUCCAAGCACAAGGACCUCAGCAUUACCGUCGUGGCGAAGCACAUGCCCGGCGACUACGACAUAGAAUAUGCAUCACCCUGGGCUGGAGCAAACUACUUUCCUGUUGGCAAGCCAGGCUCAAAUUUGCAGAGGUUCGAGAAAGCUACCUGGAGUGAGCUCGAUCGAAUCUGUCGUGAGAUACCCGAAGCAGGCAUCCACUACCAGGCGACGAGGGUCUAUGGACGAGAGAAAGAUGCAGGCACCGCUACAGGGCAGUGGUUUGAAGAGCUGACCAAAGAAGAUGCAUGGUUCAAGGACGUUGUUCCGAAUUUCCGCGUACUGUCCGAAUCAGAACUCCCAGAAGGCUGUGACAGGGGCACGGAGUUUACUUCAGCCGGUGUGACCAUCAAGCGCGGUAUACUCUCCCAUAUCUCUGAAGCAGGCAGCUUCCAUACCUCGGGGCAUGCAAAUGCCGUCGUGAACUGUACUGGUCUUCUAGCCGCCACACUCGGAGGCGUCAUGGACAGUAACGUGUACCCUGGACGUGGUCAAAUUGUCCUAGUGCGGAAUGAGCCGGGUGUCAUGGUGACAGUCAGCGGAACCGACGAUGGCAGUGAGGAAGCUACCUAUGUCAUGCAGCGCGCAGUCGGUGGUGGCACCAUCCUCGGAGGCUGUCUACAACACCACUCGUGGGAAUCGCAACCUGAUCCCAACCUCGCACAGCGCAUCAUGCAACGCUCCAUCGACCUGUGUCCGUCGCUAGUACCGAAGACUGGAAAGGUAACCGAGCUGAGUGUCGUCAGACAUGGUGUGGGUCUGCGCCCUAUGAGGACUGGAGGUCCAAGGGUGGAGAGAGAGAACAUUGAUGGAGUUGAAGUAGUGCAUAGCUACGGGCAUGCUGGCUAUGGAUACCAAAGCGGCUGGGGAAGUGCGUGGGAAGCAGAGAAGCAGGUGUUGAACAUCCUGAAUGAAGGCGGCAUAAAAUCGAGACUAUAA